CAAACAAGUCUUCUGCAAGAAAUAAUUCUCCCAUCAACAAUAGAAUCGAUCAAAGAAGAAAGCUUUUGAAAAAUGGCAGCGUAUGCAGCUCUAGUUUCUCUUAUGAACACCAUCGCUAUGGAGCAGACCCCGCGAAAUCACCGCGGCCGUCUGAUCUCCAUUGAAAAGGGAGGACUGAUCGAGGCUCUCCAAGAAAGGGCUGAUUUCUUGGUAAAAUUUCUCGAGAGUGGGAGGAAGGGAGCAGAGCAUUUGGACGAGCGAAUUGUCGAUGCAGCCUAUGCAGCUGAAGAUGCCAUCGACUCCUACAUGAUGGAUCGAAUUCUUACCAGCGACAAUUUUCAAGAAGAGAAUGGACUGGCAAUCUUAUAUGAAGAUCUGCGAAAAGCAGCACAAGAGAUGGAUUGUAUCAAAAAUGAGGUGAAGAAGAUUAAAGAGAAGAGUUCCGAGCAUGGUAGUUCAUCAAAUGCUACUAACAGACAGAAGGGCGAAGCCGAAGAUCUGCAUCGCACCAUGUUUACGGCUUCAUCAAGUGCUCCACGCGACGAGACGAGCAAAAUGGUCGGAUUUGAGGAUGAAAGAGCUCGAGUCAUGGUCAUGCUUACGUCAUUCGAUUUGAAGCCUUCCCGGGCAGUUGUCCCUAUAGUUGGGAUGGGCGGGGCAGGUAAGACUACACUUGCGAGAAACAUCUUCGAUGAUCAGAUAAUUGUAGAACAUUUUGAUGUUCAUGCGUGGGUUACGGUGUCUCAAGAGUAUAAUGUCGAGGAAGUUCUUAAAGGAGUACUUUCGAAUCUAACAAACCAAGGGGAUGGUGAAAGUUUAGGAGAAAAAGUGCACAAGAGUUUGUUCGGUAGAAGAUAUUUAAUAGUGCUCGAUGAUAUAUGGAGUAUUGAUAUUUGGAAUCGUAUACAACAGUUCUUCCCGGAUUGUUGUGAUGGAAGUCGAAUUUUAGUGACGUCUAGGCUUUCUAAUGUUGCGGAAGAGCUAAGCACUUGUAGAGUUGAGAUGAAGUAUCUUGAUGCGGACAAUAGUUGGAAUUUACUUCGGAAAAAAGUAUUUGGCGAAAGUAGUUGUCCCGUUGAAUUAUUAGAUGUUGGAAAGAAGAUUGCUCGAAAUUGCCGAGGACUUCCUCUAGCGAUUGUUGUUGUUGGAGGGCUCCUCGCAAAGGGUGAUCAAACAAUAGAACAUUGGGCACAUGUUGCCGAACAAUCUACCUCUGCCGCAUAUAUAGAUGAUGGCGAACAUUGCUCAAAAAUACUUUCUUUGAGCUACAACCACUUGCCUGUUCAUCUCAAACCGUGUUUUCUUUAUAUGGGGGCAUUUCCAGAAGACUACGAGAUUCGUGUGUCUAAACUCAUAAAUGUUUGGAUUGCCGAGGGAUUUCUGAAACCACGUAAAGGCUUUAUGCUAGAAGAAAUAGCUGAGCUUUGCUUGUUGGAUCUUAUCGAAAGGAAUCUUAUUAUACUUCGCGAGUGGGGAUCGACUGGGAACUUAAAAUCAUGCGCGAUCCAUGAUGUCUUGAGGGAACUCAGCUUGCGGGAAGCUCAAAAGGAGAACUUUCUUUGUGUUAUAACAGCGAAUCGCUCUGACAACAUUCCAGCGGACAUGAAGCUUCAUCGUCGUAUUGCUCUUAGAGUAAACAAGAAAGAAUAUCCUCGGAAUAUCAAUUCCUUGCUAUCAACAUCACGUCCGCGCUCUCUCAUUGUAAACAACUAUAAGGUGUUGUGGAGGAUUUUGAGAUCCGAUGCUUUUGAGUCCUUACGUUCAGCAUUAUUCGAGCGUUUGCUCAAGUCGGGAAUGAAUGUGGAUUGGUCAAGAAUUUUGAAAACUCAUCUAUUCGGAUUCUUGAGAGCAAUCUUUGUGAUAGAUGAAGAAUUCAUGGAAUAUUUGAGCAAGCACAAAAGUCCCUCGGAUAUUUUGUUUAGUCUUGUCAAUCUACGGUACCUUGAUUGUAUAGCCGAUAGAAGAUUCAAUGAAACAUUGGCUUCUUCUAUGCAUCGAAUGAGGAAUCUACAAGUUCUUAUCGUUAAGAGUUUUCCGGAGAAAAUAAUUGCGCCAUCCGAAAUUUGGAACUUAUCUCAACUUCAUCAUGUUUAUAUCAACAAAAUCUCUCCCCCGGAACCACUGCAUGAUGAACAGAAACUACAUGGUUUUAUAGUCCUUGAAAACUUGUGGACACUAAAGGGAUUGAAAGACUUCAAAUUCGAUGAAGUGGUUGUGAAGAAAAUCCGCGAUCUAAAGAAAAUGAUUGUCGCUUACAGUGCACACAAUGUGGAGUCGACAUCUCAGUACAGUCUCCAUAAUCUUGGUCGUUUACAGAAGCUCGAAUCACUCGAAUGCUCUUUCAAAGGAGCAAUGAAGAGUGUAAAUACACUGUACAAGACUGUAUCCUUCCCACAUUCCCUUACAAAGUUGUCUUUAUAUCGCUGCGGAUUUUGGGAAGAUGUUAGCGCGAUCGGUUCAUUACCCAAACUCGAAGUGCUGAAGUUGAAAAACUGUUACUUCCAUGGCGCCGAGUGGAAUCCUGUCGAGGGGGAAUUUAUUAGCUUGGACACCUUGUACAUGGAACAAGUUAAUCUAAAAAACUGGAAUGCCGACAGCUCCCAUUUCCCACGCCUCGAAGUACUUAAUCUUUCUCGGUUAACAGAGUUGAAUGAAAUACCUCUCGAUAUUGGAGAAAUCGCGACACUAAGGUUUUUAGGGGUGCAAUAUUGCUCCAAGUCAGCCAUUGUUUCAGCUCGAAACAUAUUAGAAGAGCAAGAGAGCCUCGGCAACGAUGCACUGGUUGUUAAAAUUACUGGUUUCGGCAUAUAAUCUCCGAAAUAGAAUGAAUCUGAUCUAGUGCGAUCGAAUGCUAGAGAUCACGUACAAUGGGGGAGAAUGGAUUAUCACAUCGUUGAUUAUUGCUCGAUGGCAAGAUAUAAGAUUGGUGAUCAUCUGUUAGCUAUAUACCAUGUUUAUUUUACACUGUUUCAGUCAUUGCGCGCGGACCUAUUGUCGCGAUAUAUAUCGCUCCUUGAGUGUUGUAUCGAGUAACUCGCACUUAUUGUCUAGUUGGUAAUUAGCUUAUUCAUAUAUAUGCGCGCGCGUAGUAUGUAUCCUUGUUGAAGCUUAUGUUGGCUUGUGUUUGCCUUUUCUUGAAUAAUUUCGGGUUGGGCUUCAUGUAUCUAUAAUGUUCGAUGGAUUUAGAUUUGAAGGUGAAAUUAGAACUGUCUUGGUUUUGAAAUACUUAAGA